AUGAGGCAGAAACGAAGGAACCAAGCGAAGAUUCCCCUGAACGGGAACAGCGCCGGCAGUGUCCAUAAGACGCACAACACGAAGAGGAAAAAAACGGAGAAAGUGGGGGCGAACAAAACGCAUGGAGAAAAUGAUCCGAAUAGAAAAUUGGACAUCCUCUUUUAUGGGAGCAAAAAUAUAUACUUGAGAGAUAUUCACAAUUUUAUCAUAAACCUGCGGAUUGAAAAGAAUCUGUACAGAAACGACCUGUUCAUCGUGAAAAAUAGUGAUUGCAUAAAUAAUUUAAUCGUAGUGGUUGUGCCAAACUUGUCCAGUUGGUUCAUAAGGGAUAUUUCUACCAAUGGUGUUUUUUCCAAACUACAGAAGAACAACAACUUUAGGAAAAUCAACACUGAAAAUUGUUUUAAAAAUAAUUACAGCAAUUUAAUUUUAAAAGCGCUUAGUGUAUCUGUGAUGAAAAAAAAUAGAGGAACAAAUUAUAACUCAUCCGGGGAUACCUUCUACAUCGAAAAUUAUUUACUUAGCAGUGAGCAGAUGCUCCUGAAUCGGUACCCAAAGAAGGAUUCUGAGGACUACCUUAGUUUUGAUAAUAUUGAAUAUAUAAAGGUAGAUAAAGGAAUAACCGACAUGCGCUCCUAUUUAAACACCACCAUGAACACCACCUCCAGUAUCCUGCCUGAUCAUAAUGGCACCCCAAAUGAACUAAAACAUUCUGAUGAGGCAAACAUACCUGUUGCAGAGCCGGUUGAUGCCCCACCAAACGGGAAUGAUCCCAAUGGUGACACCACUAAUUUGGAAAAGACCACUGAAGAGGCCAAAAAUAUUUUUACCGAAGAACAUAUAACGAUGUAUGCCCAGGUGUUGGAGAAACUGCUUAGGGCCUCUGAAAUGGCAUCACAGAAAAAGGGGAAAUGUACCCCACCGAGUGAUCCAAAGGAAAAGGAAAAAACGGAGUCGAUAGAAGAGUUCGAUGAAGAAGAAAAUCAGAACCACCAAGUUGUAAACGGAGGGGAGGAAGAAAAUCAAAACCACGAAAUUGUAAACGGAAGGGAAGGAGAAAAUCAAAACCACCAAGUUGUAAACGGAGGAGAAGAAGAAGAUCAAAACUACCAAGUUGUAAACGGAGGAAAAGAAGAAAAUGCAGAUGGAGGCACCCACGCAUGUCCCCCCAAUGGGGAGGUUAGUGGAGGUCUCAACUCUUUGAGUGAGGAUGCCAGUGAGAAUGGAAACACCAACAAUGGGAGAGAUGAUCUGAGUUAUUCUAAUACCCCUAAGUGGCAACCGCCCGUCAAGUUCGAUCUAGACAACAUCUACAGUAUUGACUGCGAAAUGUGCGAAACGAUAAAUAAGAAAAGGGAACUCACGAAAAUUACUGUAGUCGAUGCGUACAUGAAUAUAGUAUACGACUCAUAUGUCAUUCCAGAUAAUCAAAUCACAAACUACUUAACUCCCUACUCGGGAAUAAGUGAAAGUACCCUUCAAAAUGUACAUACAAAAUUGAAAGAUGUACAGGAACAUUUAAAAAAAUUUUUUAAUAAAGAAUCCAUUUUAAUUGGUCACUCUUUAGAAAAUGAUUUGCACGCACUGCAAAUUCACCACGAGUAUGUCAUUGACACAUCUGUGAUUUACUCCAACUCGGCCUACUGUUUUUUGAAGCCCUCUUUGUUUAACCUGUGCCAACGGUACCUGGGUAUCACCAUGAAGAGGGAGAAGGGACACAACUCGAUUGACGACGCGAAGAUAAGCAUGUUCCUCGCGCUUAAGAAGAUGAGCGAGUUCGACACGGCCGAGCCCUUCUACCAGUACCAGCCGCUACCAGCCUUCCUGAACCGGGACAAUUUCACCAACGUGAAGGGGAAUGUCAUAUACCAGGAAGACCUGAGCCACAAGUACGAGAAAAACCUGUGCAUAUAUGACGCAAAGAACGAAUACAUAGAGGAAAAACUACCCAGGUAUUUCCUAAAAAACAGCUUCCACUGUCCAUGUGAAAACGACGAUGAGUGUGUAGAAAACCUAAUCAUGAAUAUCAAAAAUGAAAAUAAAAUAAAGAAUUAUCUACUCAUAUUAAGAGAGUACGAAAAUCUGUGCAAUCGAAAAAUUUAUAAUUGUGUAAAAAAUGCCAAGGAGGAAAAUUUUAAAGUCGAUGAAAAUGGUGAGCUAUUCCAAAUUCCCACCAGAGUGGAAGCAAGUGAAAUUCUUAAAAAAUUAAGUCAAAAUAUUGAGAGCAUUUAUGAAAACCUAGGGGCAAAUGAUGUCCUCAUAUUACUCUCCUUCAACAGUAACUAUCUAGCGGAGGAAAAAAUUACAGAAACCCUAUUCUUGGCUAAGGAUAUAUUUUACGCAAAUAUAGAGACAAAUGAUAAAUUAAGCAACCUCACUGCGAAAAUUAAUUCCAUGGAAAAAAUCAUUGCCAAGAAACAGAGCGACAAUGAUUUAGUAAAUUUGCACUUCUUGCAGUUUAGGCAUCUCCUCUCCUUGUACGAACGCCACAUUAUCACUUACCUUAAUGAGCAAAAAAAUAAUGAUCGGAAUAUUUUCAUUUUGAAUUCUCUCACAAAUUUGAAGAACAUCGUAUGUGGCAACAGUCGGAAGAAGACUUUCAAUGGAUGGUUUUCCAUUCUUCUCAAAGCAUAA